UGCGUAAACAAACCAACAUGUUAUGUUGAACGUGGUUGUGUCUUCUUGAUUUUCUCGGACCCUCUUACUUUUGUAAUGCCUAAGAGAUAUUUUACUUAUUGACAGAAGAACUAAAUAAUAAUAAUAAUAAUAAUAAUGGCUUCACAGUCAGAAGACUUCCAGUUGAAAACCUAUGAAUCUGUAGCAGAAAAUUUCAUCAAACUCUGUCGAGAGCAUUCCAACAUCAGUGGUUAUUCCAAGCUGGAGAAAAAAUGUCGAGCUGAGCUGAAGUUCUUGGAAAAGAUGCACCAAAAGACAGCUUCCAUCCGUAAAAGCCACCUUCGCAGCAGCAACCUUCACCAUUAUGCCGCCAUACUGUACACUGCAACCCAAUGUACCUCAAAUCUUGUGGGAAUUUUACAACCUUUCAGCAGUUGUGGAUUAAGAAGUCUGAUGGUGGAUGUUGUUUGUGGACACGGUCUAAUAUGGUUGAAAGUCAUAGCAAGGAAAGCACAAGCGCUUCAUUUGAUUUGGGCCGGUCGGGGUCAGUUCAGUGAGCGUGGCAUCACUCGUCAGGUGAAAGACUACCUGAGAUGUGCAAAGCAACAUCCUAUCAACUACCUCAUCCCCAGGGUACAUUUUGUGUUCUUCAACGCAGUCACUCAGCCAAUGGCUGAUUGGCUUCAACAACUUGGCAUCCGUGUCCAUGGCGAUGUGGUUCCAGUUUGUUCGGAAACAAAGCAGAAGCUGAUGUCUGUACCAGAGUACUUUGAUGAUGACGAUGAAGAUGAUGAUGAUGAUUAUGAUAGUGAUUCUCUCGGUGAUGGUGAAGAUGGUGUUGCUUGUGACUCUAGUGAAUAUAAUAUCAAUGCUACUGUUCUCAGUGAUGAUGAUGAUGAUGAUGACGAUGAUGAUGAGGAUCAUGAUCAUGAUGAUGUGCACAACAGCAGUUCUAACAUUCUGCUUGGUGCUAGCAUGUCAUCAAGUUCAAAUCCCAACCAGAAUAUUCAGCAGCUAGAAAUGUCUGGUUGUGCAUCCGUCUGCAAUGAAAGUAGUGCAGACUGCAAGCACUUGCUGCACAUUGAGAAAACGGUGCAAACCACCAUCGACGAGUCCAUGUUGCAUUUACGGCAGCUUAUCGAGGAGUGGAAGAGGAAGAGGAAGGUGAGGAUGAAGAGGUGGGGGCGGGGCUUCCUAACAACGGAGAUUCUCGGCAGAAUCUCAGUUUGUUGUUGCAUUCAGAAGUGCAUCAUGACGCAGGCACAGUCAAUGCAUUCCCAGCAAAGCCCAGCCAAUUCUGCAAUCUGUGUUGAUGCCGACAACAAUGGUGGCAAGAACAUUGACAUGAGCUCCAUCAUGUUUACUGCUGAUGCUUCUCAUCCUGGAAACCUACAGUCAGGCAUCAACAAGAAACCACCACCACAACAACAACUGACAUUUGCAUCAUCAUCAUAUCCCUCUUCAUAUGCUUCUUCAUCAUCAUCAUGUACAUCAUCAUCCUUAUCAAUGGCAACUAUCGAAAGAGGAAUCAAUUUUAUCGGAUCCGACCACAUCCGAAUCGUCAAUUUGGACAUCACUACUCUGAUCACUCUGGUCUCUGCUGUCACACAUGGACACUGCAAUUUCAUUUUCCCUGAGAAAAUCCUUACCUUACAAGCUAAAGAAGAACGAGAGAAACCAGUCCUACCUCAAAUGUUGGAUUUCCUAAAAGGGAAGAAGCUGUGCUGCUGUGAGACUGCAAUGAGGGACUUUCGGACAAUACUGGAUACUCUGGGUGGAAAAUCAGAACGACAACGAGCUGAAGAACUGAUAUCUAAGGUCAAGAUUGUCCCUGACAGUCCUUCUCAAAGGGCUUAUUCUCUACCAUUGACCAGCAAAUUGAAAGAAAGGUCAAAGAUUAUAUUCGGCACCGGAGACUCCUUGAAGGCCGUUACAAUGACAGCAAACUCUGGUUAUGUCCGAGCAGCUGAAAAUCAAGGUGUGACGUUUGCUGUUUUCAUUCAUGCAUCAAGAGCUCUGACAGAAGAAAAAGAGAAAUUUGCGAAACCUAUCCCAAAGGAUUCCCAGCAAUAAAGAUGUCUUCAAAAUGAAAGCAGUACAGAAGAAACUUGUGGGUCAUCAUGUAACAAGGACAUAUACACACUACAAAUGGUGUUUGCAUUGGCAGCUGUUGUUGUGCAUGAUUUCUGUGAUAUAAUUCUUUGCAUAUCUCGGAAUGUUGAAUACCAGGAUGUCUGUAGGAGAUAUUAUCUCCAGCCGAAUACCAGAGUAAAUUUUGCCUGUCAUAAUGUAUUUAUAUUAAGUUUAAUACACAAAUGACUGUGUGUGUGUUAUUUUAUAGUUAAAGUUGGUUCUAUCCUGCUUCUCCCUGGGGUUGGUAUACCAGGUAGUAUAUCAAUGAAGAAAUAUUUUCGAUGGGAAUAUUAAUGUUCAGUGCAAUGAAGUGGCUGAACUUAUUUUUUUAUAUCCAGUAAAUCAAUGGUGUUCUAUUUCACAGCAAUAAUUUGCUCAGAAUAACUUUAUUUUCAUGACUGCAUUUUGACAUUAACUCUAUCUUUUUGUCACUAAGUAUCUAUUUGUAUUGUAUGGUAUAUCUGUGUAGUACAUAAGUACACACACAUAUAUAUAUAUAUAUAUACUAGCAGUAUAACCCGGCCUUGCCCGGGAUUAAGUUACGAUUAUUAAGCUAAUCAAGUUCUUUAUUUCAAACCAAA